AUGAAGAAGCUUAGAAAGGUCUGUAGUAUUUUGCUGGUUGGCAUUUUCGUAAUCUCUUUGUACGGUCAAUUAAAGAGUUUUGGAAAAGCAACGAAAUCCAGAAGACGACACGACUGGCUGAAAAAGUUGCACAAAAAAGACACCGUGUCCCAUCCACUCAGGGCUGAAUUCGGAAAUUUCCAGAACCUCGAGAGAAGAUUCGAGACAAUCAGAGACCUUGGAAGCAUUGUACGAUGUAGGCUCCACUCUGACGAGACAACUAUAGUAACAGGCAACAGUCUCAUAUGUGGUGGCAAGCGAUACCACAUCACGCCUGAAGCUGCAAAAGAUGCAGCAGUUACAACAAGACAGACAAUAUCAUAUGCCAAUGAUGGGAGCCCGCAAGAUAUAUUAUCCACAAUAAGGUCUGGGCUCUACGCUAAGCCAAUUACGUCAUUUCUAGGGGAAUCAACAGACUCAAAAUCAUUCUCAGGUUUGGUUGAGCCACAUUCUCGAUAUCCAUACCUUGGAAUCUACGAUAAGGGUAUGCGAAAUGCGGACCCAGCAUUUAUCGGUCGCUCUAAGACCUCUUCAUUGUCGUAUGAGGAUACAUUAAAUGAUAUGAGCGAUGGACAGAUGAAGAAUUUGGGGAACAUGGAAUUGAAUGAUAUAAGUCAGGCUGUUGGCAACGGUGAAGGGAGAGGAAACCCAGACACGUUUUAUCGAGAUUCUCAAUUACAAAACAGAGAAUUUGGAGUAGACGGUGCGAAAGAGAAAACGAGUAACCCUUUCGCAGCAUACUGGAAAUCACUUAAAAAUAGUUUCUACUCAACAACGCCAAGCCAGCUGGGCGAAACAGAUCCCGUUGGCAACAGUUUUCACAAAGCAGGACAACAAGCUGAAGUGAGAGCGAUGAUUCCAAGAUGGGUCAAUACAAAACUGUCCACUAAAAAGAGCAGUAUUCAACAAAAACAGGGUGCAACUGCCUCCCAAUCAAGAAAGGAGAUCCCUAAGCCUGCAUCAGAUGUUACUGAUAAGUCAAAAGCCGCAAAAAACACGAAAGAUUCCAGUAAAAAGAGGUAUUUCAUACUUGGGUCUCAGCAAAACCGUCUGCCUCUUGCUAUGUUUACAGGCGUGCCUGGCAUUGGUCCCUGGCAAUACAGAUUAAGCCAGCAGGCAAUGAUGGGAAGUGGAGAACUAAUGGCGAGACAAAACCCCUUUCGUUUGCCUCCUGCUCCUAUUGAGCCUCAACCAGGAAAUGCUAGAUCAUUUAAUGGACCAAACGAAUGGGGUACACGAGCCAGCCCAAGAUAUUAUGAUCCAAUCCUUGCUGGAAGUCCCGUCAGAGUUCCGAUGAAUCCAAUUUUCGCACAAAUGCGAGCAAAUGAGUACACUGGGGAGCCGGGACUUCCAGCAAAGGGUAGGUUUCAAUAUGGAAUACAACCUGGAAAUGGCCCACCCUUUCUAGGGUUCAAAUCAGUGCCAAUAAUGGAAGCCGUUCCGGUAAAUGGUAUGCAAGCAAUGCAACCAGAUAUUUCCAAUAAUAGAGAGGAAGGCCCCCCAGAUGCAAGGUUUGCAGGAGGAUUCGAAAGAGGUAUGCAGAAUGAGCAAGGUGGCGACCAAUAUUCACGUGGAGAAAUGCCAUUUAACAUAGAAAGGGGUCAGGAAUCAUUUGGGGACCAUCAACCUUCAAUACCCGGGUUAAUUCAAGAGAGCGAACAACAUGUCCCUGAAGCUAGAGGGUCAGUCGGACUGCCAAUGAUGAAUGGAGGAGAAAAUUUUGGACAGAAUGGAAUGGACGAGAACCUCCCCCAAGCAACUUACGAGCAAAAUACCUUCACUUCAAGGAACAGCAUGGCACCUCAAGAAGAUGCAACCGGAGACUUUGAGAGAAUGAGCGGUCCCGAAAAUUAUGUACCCGCUCCUUUUUACCGGCCACCUUCGUAUAAUCCGCAUGAAACAGAGCAAUACUUCCCAGACGGAACUAAUGAUAAGUUCAAAGAGGCAGAGAAGCAGUACUUACAAAAGAAUGGCUUCACUGGUCCUGAUAAACCCUACAGAGAGGAAAUUCACGGCUCAGAAGGGGAUGCUGCGGAGCUUUACCAGGAUGAAAGCAGGCAGGAGCAGGAGCAAGAAGAAGCGGAAGAAAGAAAGCGUGGACAUUUGAGGGAUACGAAAAUCGAUAUAAACGGAAACAAAAUCGAAAUGGGUUCCGAUGGGAAGUUUAUGUUUACAAAGGAGCAUGUAGGGUUUGGUCCAAUCACAGUCGAAGCAAAAACAGCACGGUCUGCCCUUAAAGACCCAACUGACGAUAAGUAACUUAUAAAAUCUACUCUGUAUUACGCUACAGUUAACUGAAGCUAGUAAGCGUCACGGGACGUCUUCUCAAGAGAAGUUGCUCUAGUUUUAUCUAGUAGAUUUGCACAACAGUGUGUGGAAGAACUGACUUACAGUGUAAGUGACACAGUGUAUAACAAGUAAGCUCUUCUGCGAGUUUUUAAAAUCUGCAUAUUGUCUUACCUUUUGUAAGCAGGGUUAAUUAAACUGUUGACAAAACGGUUAAAGCACGAAAUUGCUUAGAAGCAGGGCUUUGAAAAGCUUUCUAAUGUUCUGAUUGCACGGACCCGAGAAGCAAUUUCCGGAGGCUUCGUCUACUGUUACAACAACAAUCGAGGUUUUAGAAUAUCUGGAGAUAUUAGAUGUCACAUAAAUGCCAUCACUAGCAUUUGCAAUAAACAUGCCUUUGCAAGAGGCAUCUAAAAUGGUAGUCCGAUCUUCUUUUUCUGACACUUUAACUAAAGAUACUUCAUCUUAGGCCAAGGAGACGUUUUUACUGUCAACUCUUUUCGUCUAUCAAGUUUCAAAAUCUCAAGAACAUGAUUUUAAAAUCUCAAGUAACACGAAAAGGCUUUAUAAUUAAGAAACAAAAACAGGGAUGGCUAAAUCUCUUUUUAUUUUCUAACCUCUUUAGUUUAAAAGUAUCAAAGUAACAAGAUAGAUAACCUGUCAAAAGCAUUCUUCGACUGCUUAACUUUGUGUGUAAUAAAAAUUUCACAUUUGAGAAAUUUUCUGUAAAUAUCUUUCUAUUUACUACAAUUAGACGAUUGAU